AUGUACCAGUCUUUUCACAGGACUUCUGGUGCAGAGCUUGAAAAAAAUCUCAAAUAUCAGAAAAAGCUUUUUGAAGUCAGUGUGUCUAAAAGGGUUGCGGCAGAGUCUUCAACUAGUUCCUCAGAUGAUGGAGCAGAGCAGGUUAUGCCACUCAAAAGGUCGAAAAAAUUGGCUGUUACGGCAAGUAAAAGUAAUAUUAAUACAAAAGAUGGCAAGUCGACUAAUAUUAGGAUGAAAAAGAUCCUUAAUGGUUUGGCUGCUGAUGUAUCUUCCACUGAUGAACCUGAAGGAUAUGUUAAGGACCGUAAACUUCGAAUGAUAGCAAGGAGAAUGUUAAAGGUUGCUGAGGAAAACGAAAUUUGCGUUCAAGUCGCAAGCAGUUAUUUACACAGCGUGGUCAGUUUUAAAAAACACAGAAAACAAAGGUCUCUUAACAGUUUUUUGCAUGAUAUGGGUAUGGAUUCAAUGGAAUACAAGUAUGCAUUCUGUUGCAAGUUAGAGUUCGUUGUUGACACUGGUGCGUAUUUCAUUGUGCUUGCUAUGAAGCCCUAUAAACUCUAA